ACAGCGCUCACUGGCCCAAGCAGCCCACGUGACGGCGGGUCGGAGGGCAGCAGUAUGGCUGCGCCCACGGGCGGCGAGUGCGGCCGUUGGGAGCCGUCUCCGCGCCCUGGGGAGCGCUCCGCGUGGGCGUCCGCAUGGACCGGGCCGAGUUCUGGGUCUCCCUGAUGGCUGGUGGGAUAGCUGGUAUGUGCGUUGAUUUGGUAUUAUUUCCUCUGGAUACCAUAAAAACCCGACUGCAGAGUCCCCAAGGAUUUAAGAAGGCUGGUGGCUUUCGCGAAAUCUACGCUGGUGUUCCUUCUGUUGCUGUAGGAUCCUUUCCGAAUGCUGCUGCCUUUUUUGUCACCUAUGAAUUUGUGAAGUCUAUGUUGGCUACUGCCACCCCUCGGUAUCUGAGUCCAGUAACACACAUGGCGGCUGCCUCCUUUGGAGAAGUAGUUGCCUGUCUAAUACGGGUUCCUUCUGAAGUUGUAAAGCAGAGGGCUCAAGUUUCUCCUUCAUCCAGUACCUUUCAAGUUCUUUCCAACACCUUAUAUCAAGAGGGUAUUCAAGGACUUUAUCGAGGUUAUAAAAGCACAGUAUUAAGAGAGAUUCCUUUCUCUCUGGUGCAGUUUCCCGUUUGGGAGGCCUUAAAGGAUCUCUGGUCAUGGAAGCAGGGUCACGUGGUUGAUUCUUGGCAGUCGGCAACCUGUGGAGCUUUUGCAGGUGGAUUUGCAGCUGUAAUCACCACACCUCUAGACGUAGCAAAGACAAGAAUUAUGUUGGCAAAGGCUGGUUCCAGCAAUGCCAGUGGGAACGUAUUCUCUGCCCUGCACAGUGUCUGGAGGUCACAAGGGCUACCUGGAUUGUUUGCAGGUGUUGUCCCUCGAAUGACAGCGAUCAGUCUGGGAGGAUUCAUCUUUCUUGGGACAUAUGACAAAACUCGCCGCUUGCUGCUCUGACUUCGAAUGGAGGUUCCUGUGAAUCAGAGCAAAGAGCCAAAGCUCUGCUGUUCUCUAGAAAGAAUAUACUCCUAAAAGUACGAAUGCUCCUUCUCAGGCUUCUUUAUAUGGCUGAGGAGCUGGUCAACAGCCUAAACUCGUAUUUUCACAAUAAAAAAAGGUCCUUAAAUAAUCCAAUUUCCCUACCUUAAAAUUUCCCAGCAUGGAAAGCAGUGAAGUCAUAGAGAGGCUUGUGCCAAAAAAGUAACGUGUGGGGGUAAACAGCUAAUUACAGCAGCUGCAAACAGCAUUAUCAGAACUCAUGCAAGGAAAACAUUUUUAUAAACCAAAAGAACAUGGUUUGAGCAGCAAAAAUGGAAUAAAAUGAACUUUCAUUAUUUAGAGACACCUGAUCCUCAGCAUCGGGGCUGUUUUUAGUUCAGGGGAAGAGUUUACAUAGCUGCAAUCAGCAGGCGUUUAAAGACCGCAGAAAGUAUUCUUAGUUGGGAGGCUUCUGGGAAAAAAUAAUACCCGUUUAUUUCCGAUUUGAGCCAUAUUUUGAAAGUUUAUCCCACCGUUUAUACCUGCAAGUGCAUAGCAAGCACUGUUACUUGGUAACCAGUGUGGGUUGUUUUUUUUUUAAUUAGAUUCAGAUUUCUCCAGUAAAAGUACAAUGCUGUAUUAUUUUACAGGUAGCCAGUCCAACAAUAUUGCCUAUGAAAAGAAAUGCAGCUCUUGCCUUUUUUUUCUUUCUUUGCCUCUCAAAAGCUGAGGUAGAUCUGGAUUUGUAGUAGUGAAGCACAGAACAGGAGAGGUCUGGCUGCAGAAUGCAAGUGACAAAUAGAAACAAAUAGGUUCUUCUCCUUAAUGAAAUGGCAGAUUGAGCAUAUAGUUCUGAUGGGUGAUGGUAGCAUGUUCUCAGACUCUACUUAAAUUCUUCCUUUAGCAUAAAGAUGCUUUAGUUAAAAUAUGUGCAGGGCCAAAAAGCAAAUAUUAACUGCUUGGCAAAAAACCACUAUUUCUGUUGAUAAUUUUAAUUGAGCUGAAAGUCCAAGAUUUUGAAAAUUUAAAAAAAAAAAAAAAAAAAACCCUGCCAAAUUUACAGCACCCUCUUGGCUUAAUAUAGCUCUUUAGAGGUGUAACUAAGAACCUGAAACUACCGUUCAGUUGAAUGAAGGCACUUCCACAAUAAGGUUUUGUAGAAGCACUAAGGCCUGGCAUCCUAAUAAAAUAUAUACAAAUUUAAUUAAUAGAGCUAAUACAGAGCCAAAUUAAGCUAUGCAGUAACACCAGCAGCUUGGUCUGUAUCAUAGAAUCUCAGGGUUGGAAGGGACCUCAGGAGGUCAUCUAGUCCAACCCCCUGCUCAAAGCAGGACCAAUCCCCAACUAAAUCAUCCCAGCCAGGGCUUUUGUCAAGCCUGACCUUAAAAACUUCUAAGGAAGGAGAUUCCACCACCUCCCUAGGUAAUAACGCAUUCCAGUGUUUCACCACCCUCCUAGUGAAAAAGCUUUUCCUAAUAUCCAACCUAAACCUCCCCCACUGCAACUUGAGACCAUUAUUCCUCGUUCUGUCAUCUGCUACCACUGAGAACAGUCUAGAUCCAUCCUCUUUGGAACCCCCUUUCAGGUAGUUGAAAGCAGCUAUCACAUCCCCCCUCAUUCUUCUCUUCCGCAGACUAAACAAUCCCAGUUCCCUCAGCCUCUCCUCAUAAGUCAUGUGUUCCAGUCCCCUAACCAUUUUUGUUGCCCUCCGCUGGACGUUUUCCCAUUUUUCCACAUCCUUCUUGUAGUGUGGGGCCCAAAACUGGACACAGUACUCCAGAUGAGGCCUCACCAAUGUCGAAUAGAGGGGAACGAUCACGUCCCUUGAUCUGCUGGCUAUGCCCCUACUUAUACAGCCCAAAAUGCCAUUGGCCUUCUUGGUAACAAGGGCACACUGUUGACUCAUAUCCAGCUUCUCGUCCACUGUCACCCCUAGGUCCUUUUCUGCAGAACUGCUGCCGAGCUAUUCGGGCCCUAGUCUGUAGCGGUGCAUGGGAUUCUUCCCCGUCCUAAGUGCAGGACUCUGCACUUGUCCUUGUUGAACCUCCUCAGAUUUCUUGCAGAGAAAUCUCUCAAACCAGGGAGUCUGAUUUCUGUUUUUUGCUGCACUGAUAACAGCCGAGACAAGUGGAAAAAUUGAGGCAGGGUGUGAGGGUUUGAUGUGGAGGAUUUUGCUGUGUUCAGCAGUUACACCUACACUAGCAAGAAUGGUGGGAGUCCAGCACAAAUUCUCCAUUCCUGCUGUAUAAUGUACACUUGUGUCUAAUGCAACCAGCUCUGGGGAGGUAAGGCCGCAGCUGUGAAACUGCACAGCAACAUUAUAUAAAGGUUUUAGACCAGGAAGGGAAUACACAGUGUCUGAUUGAAACAACAGGACAUUUUGGUAAGAAGAAGAAAACUGCCAGUACUCCAGAGCUAACACUACUUCUGUAGAAUCUCAUUUAAUUUUGUAUUAAUUUUCAGGUUCUUCCUCCUGGAACAAAUCCCUAGUCUCUUUUCCAGGGCACAUGCUACAGAAUAGUGUUUUUUCCCCCGAAGAAAACCCCGUCACUGUUAAGCAAAUACAUGGUGCUGGAUCUUUAGUGACUGCUAGUUAACUGUGCGGGUUCAGAGAAACUGGCUGCCUUUAUGCAGGAUACUGAAGUUUAGCACUUGCUCAGAGAACAGUAGGAAAACUUGCAGAGCAAAAGGGACGAAUUCUUAAAACUGGAAUUUCUACCCAUCAUUGCCCACACUCAUCCCUAGGGAGAUUUUAGUCCCAAAUUGGCUGGCUGAUUGCACUAGCUGCCGUGAUGCUGUAACAAUACUCCAAGCCUCUUGUAGCCCAACCUGUGAGUGCAAUCUAGUUAAUGACAUUACACAAUGUACUUUUCUGCAUUGUACCGUUGAUCUUUUUUUUUUUUGGGGGGGGGGGGGGGGGAGGGGAGAGGAUUUAGAAUUCAUUCGGAAAAGCUAGCUACCGGCUCAAAGCUCUUUAUGGGCCUGUGUUUUGUUUGCUUUUCAACAAGUAGGCGGAUAUUGGAGGAGUUAUUAUCGGAACAGGACUCAAAUUUCUCUUGGGUCCAUGUUUUGUGCUUUUGAAACAUCAGUUCUGGAAUCAGCCUUUUCUUAUACAUAUUUUACUGCAAACAAAAUGAAGGAUGGAAGUCUAGACUUCUGUAAUGACAAUGGUCACACGUGCCUCUUUCAUAGGCCCAGCCCAAGACGAUGUUAAAAUAUACAGAGUGAGUAUAACAGUCAUUUAGAGUGAAAUACAUGGCAAGGCUGUGGUGCCUAUCCCAAAACCAAGCACUCAAAACCCAGGCAAUUCAGAGUUAAGAUUAACUAUACAAGAUAUCCGAACAGGUUAAGGUCUGGCUACACAAAGAUGCUUAACGCUGCUCUGUAGUGAUGCCUUGUACUAACCGUAGUUACAAUCCAUGCACGAAGGAGUUCGAAAGUCUUUAAAAAUCUGGACCACAAUUUCUUCAUAUAUUGUCCCUCCUGCUGUGUGCCUGUCUCUCGCACUGGAUCCAAUGGAAACUUGAAAGUGCUUUCACAAUGGAGGAACCUCUCCACUGGCCGGCCGGUCUCUCUUCCUUCUCCCCACGGUUCUUGCUGUGGACCACAGUCUACGAUGAAGGCACAUGAAAAUCCACUGGUGCUGCUGUGUGCCCCGAGGCAGGUCCAGCUCUUUCCCCUGACAUCCCACUGAUCAUGCUGCUGCGGCCCCUGGUUUCUGAGGGUCGAUCUCAGCGUUUCUGAUGCGACCCUGCGCUGCGUGGAAGAAUGGAGCGGGGCUGAUAUGGAGGCUACUUACUCUGCAGGUAAGCCGCAACGAAGGGGUGCAGCAUGCGGUAUACGCCGUUUACCACGCAACAGACUUUCUAGGACAGCAUCCCACCUAGUGGCCCAACGCUUCUUUCAGUGACUGGCUGGCUCUGUACAGUGAGCCACCGGAAUCAAAGUCAGUCCCCAAGGUACCAAACGGAGGCCAUCUGUGGCUUGGGCACAGUUGGAUAUGGCAGCUAUGAGGGAGGAGAGAGGAGGCCUUGGUAGAAUUCUCUCUAGUAGAAUACUAUUCAUCACACCCUGCCGAAGGAGAAACUUUCAGUGAUGAAUAAUGGGGAAAGAGACCAUUCAGCCUUAAAAAACAAAAAAGGUCUUCAAUGACAGCCUGUGCACAAGAUAUAAUUGCGAUUUAACUGUAUGUAAAGUUUGAAAAGUUUGUGUCAUUCCAUAAUUGAGGGCCAAAAAAAAGUUGUCUGACACUAGACAUUAAAUUCCUUAAAUACAACAUUUUUAUUUUAUAUUUUCAGAGAACACUCUCAUUUCAAAGAGCUGUAUUUUUGGAGAGGCUACACUUAAAAAAACCAAACCCAAACCACACACACCAAAGAUUGAAUACUUGCUUGAAAUGGAAAAUUAAGCUCAUCCUUAACUCUGAAACUGAAGCCUCCGUAAUAGGUAGUGAUGGUGUUACGAGUGGGACUAAGGAAGGUUGAAGGUGUUCAAAAAUGUAGUCCAUCUGGCUUUGGCUCCAAUGGAGACGUGUAGGCAACUGAUAUUUUUUAUAUUAGAAAUUUACUUCAUAUGAAUUCUUCACUGUGUAUCUCAGCUACAGUUCCCAACUUUACCACUCCAGGGUCAUAUUUCCAGUACCCAGUGUUGGUUUACCCUACAGAAUUCUCUGUCUAUUGAAUGCAAUUUGACAAAUGGGUGUUUUGAAAUGGUUACGUCCCGAUAUUGUUAACACAUUUUCAUUAGAAACAGAGACGCAUGUAAGCAACUGCUUGGGUUUUAUUUUUUUCAGCUGAAACUCUGAAAAGCUCACUCCCAACAAAAAAGCUGUAAUAUUAUAAAUGAACCUUUAUUAAAGACACUUCAAUGCCAUUUGUUAGACACUUCAAUAUUUAACGGUUUUUUCAACAUACAAUAUUGUACCAAAUUUUCUAAUAAAUAACUUUGUACACAAAA